AUGUAAUAAAAAUAAAGUAAAUUUAUACUUGAGUAAAAAAAAAUAAAAACAAAAUUAAGACUAUAAAAACAUAUUGUGCAAUGGAUAAUGGAUUUAAUGGCAAAUGAUUUUUGGAAAUUGUUAUUAAAAAAUGAAGAAUAAAAAUAUUAUUUUAAUACGAAUUAAAUUCGUUGCAUUCUUUAUUAAUGUUUUAAAGGACUUUAAUACAUACAUUCAUAAAAUAUAAUUCAUAGAGAUAUAAAAAGUGCCAAUAUUUUGGUAAAUGAAAUAGGAGUAGUCAAAAUAGCUGAUUUUGGUUUAGCAAAGUUUUGUCCAAAAAAAGAGGGAGUAAAGAAAACUCCAACAGUUGUUACAUUAGGUUAUAGAGCACCAGAAGUUUUAUUAACAAGAGGAUAAUAUAACUUUUAAAUAGAUGUUUGGAGUAUGGGUUGUUUUGCAGUAGAAUUAAAUUUUAAUAGACCAUUAUUUAAAGCUAAAGAUGAAGCUUAGCAAAUAUAAUAAAUUUUUGAAAAAUGUGGAACACCUACAGCAGAAACAUGGCCAGAAAUAAUGAAAUCUGAUUAUUUUAUAAAGUUAAACCCUUAGAGAUAUGAUAGAAAGUUUAUAUCAUCAAUAAGAAAUAUGAAAAAUUAAUUUGAUGAUGAAUUAUUAGAUUUGUUAGAUAAGAUAUUUGUAUUGAAUCCCAAUGUUCGUUUGACAGUUGAAUAAGUAUUAUAACAUCCAUUCUUUACAAACCAUUAUUUAAAUUUGUGUUUUGAAUAAUUUAAAGAAUAUUUAAUAAAACGAAAUGUAAAUUUAGAAAAAGUAUUUACUUUUGUGUAGAAACCUGUACAAAAAGAUUUAGAAAUUUAUUAUUUGAUAACUUUAUAUGCUAUUAUAUAUUAUGAUCAAAUCAAUAUAAAUUAUUUACUCCAAGGUUUAUCAUAAGGUAUUUCUGACUUUGAUGUAAAUUGA